GCCCCUCCCUGCCGCCGCUGAGUUCAGUGCGCAUGCGCAGAGCGCUGUCAGGGGCCAGGGCACGGCACACUCACAGCGACAGUAUGGCGGCGGGCUGCUGCUGGAGGGAUGCUUCUGUCGCCGCUGCCUUCACAAUGUGAUCGGAAUAUAGUUUGUUCUGCGGAAAGACUACAGACACCCCCGAGGCCUGUCCCCGUGAUCUCGAUAAGAUGACCAGGCUCGCCGAUUACUUCGUGGUAGUCGGAUACGAUCUCGACAAGAGAGGAGGUAGUGAGGGUCAAGGCCAGAUUCUCCAGCGUUUCCCAGAGAAGGACUGGGAAGAUAACCCCUUUCCUCAAGGCCUUGAGCUGUUCUGUCAGCCUAGUGGAUGGCAGCUGGAUCCAGAGAGAAAGCCUCCGUCUUUCUUUGUGUCCGUUCUCACAGACAUCAACUCCGAGAGGCAUUACUGCGCCUGCUUCACCUUCUGGGAGUGCGUGGAGAACCCGCAGCUCCAGAAAGGAGAGCCCAGUGAGGCUGAUGAAGAUGAGAGUCCAGACGUGCUCCAGCCCGCUCAACUGUACGCUCCUAAAAGCCUGGUCCUCGUGUCCCGCUUGGACCACACAGAGGUCUUUAGGAACUGCUUGAGUCUCAUCUAUACCGUUCAUGUGGAUGGCCUCACCGUUCCUAUGGAAACGGUGAUUGGAAACCUUCUCACCUGCGUCAUUCCUUUAGCUGGAGGCUCUCAGAUAAAUGACCCCCCUCUUUGUAGUUUAACUGACUGGCUGCUGGGUUGUUUCCAGCCGGGCCAGGACGACAGAGAGGAGAGCUCGAGGACCAUAACGCUCGGCGCGGGCGACAGACAAGUUAUCCAGACACCCAUAAACGACUCCCUGCCUGUGAGCGGCUGCAGCGUGGCCCAGCUUUUCAGACAGCUUGGAAUCGUGAAUGUUCUCUGUCUGUUUUGCGCUGCUCUGACUGAGCACAAGAUCCUGUUCCUCUCCAGCAGUUACCAGCGUCUAACAGACGCCUGCAGAGCUCUGCUGGCCAUCAUGUUCCCACUCAAGUACAGUUUUACAUAUGUUCCCAUCUUACCGGGAAAACUGCUGGAGGUGCUCAGCACUCCAACGCCCUUCAUCAUAGGAGUCAACUCACACUUCCGCUCGGAGACCCAGGAGCUGCUGGACGUAAUCAUUGCAGACCUGGACGGAGGGACGGUCACCAUCCCGGAGUGUGUCCACAUAUCCCCGCUGCCCGAGCCGCUUCUUCAUCACACACAGACCGUCAUCUCCAUGGUUCUUGAUCCAGAGCUGGAGGUGGCUGAUCAUGCUUUUCCUCCACCUUCCAUUCAACCAUCCACACUUAAAAUUCAGGACAAGGAGAUUCGCGCCGUCUUCCUGUGGCUCUUCGCACAUCUUCUUCAGGGCUAUCGAUGGUGUCUCCAUAUAAUUCGAAUUCACCCGGAGCCCGCCAUAUGCUUCCAUAAGGCUGCAUUUUUGGGGCAGAGAGCACUAGCUGAGGAUGACUUCCUGAUGAAGGUGCUGGACGGCAUGGCAUUUGCUGGGUUUGUUUCUGAGCGGGGUCCUCCAUACCGAGCCACAGACCUGUUUGACGAUCUCAUAGCCAAUCAGGUGGAGCGCAUUCGACAGGAGACAGGAGAUCCUCAUAAAGUGAUGAAGCAUAUUAAAGAGCUGGCAGAUCACCUUUUCAAAAAUGAAAACCCAUACCCAGCAGUAAGCAUGCACAGAGUUCAGAGAACAGCUGAACACGCAAAGCCCCGGUUCCCACAGAACUCUUUCCCGCAUCUGGACGAGGUCUCCGUGCAGCUCUUUAUAGACCACGCAACGGCAAAACUCAAAACAGCGCCACCUGUGGUCAAAGCCGAACUGAAGAGCAUGGUCCCAUCCGGACCUCCACUGGCUGACAUAGUGGACAGAAACGGGAAUGUGCUGGCCAACAGCGCCAGGAGGUUAGAGGUGGUCAGGAACUGCAUCACAUAUAUAUUUGACAACAAGAUGCUGGAAGCCAAGAAGUUAAUGCCGGCAGUGUUACGGGCUCUGAAAGGUCGGGCGGCACGGGUCUGUCUGACCCAGGAGCUCAACCUGCAUGUGCUGCAGAACAGGGCGGUUCUAGACACCCAACAGUUUGACUACAUCGUCCGCAUGAUGAACUGCACCCUGCAGGACUGCUCGCAUAUGGAUGAACAUGGUAUUGCUGCUGCACUGCUGCCAUUGGUCACCGCCUUCUGUCGGAAACUGGGUGGAGGCAUCACUCAGUUCGCUUACAGCUGCGUUCAGGAGCACUUGGUGUGGACGAACAUGCAGUUCUGGGAGGCCAUGUUUUACAGUGAUGUUCAGAAACACAUCCGGGCCCUGUAUCUGGAGAAUGAUGAGGAGGGAGACGCAUCUAGCCCUGACGGAGAGGGCGUUGGUGGUCAGAAGCGGCUGAGCGCUCUGGAGUUGGCAUCCGAGCAGAGCCGUCUGUGGCCCACACUUAGCAAAGAGCAGCAGCAGGAGCGCGUUCAGAAGGAAGAGAGCACGGUUUUCAGUCAGGCCAUCCACUAUGCCAACCGCAUGAGUUACCUGCUGCUGCCGCUCGACACCAGCAAGAACCGCCUGCUCCGCAACACCGGCCUGGGAGACUUGGAGAGCGUCAGCAACAGCUACGUCACUAACAGUAUUGCGGGCAGCAUGGCAGAAAGCUACGACACAGAGAGCGGCUUUGAGGAUGCCGAGAGCUCGGAUGUUGCAAACUCUGUCAUUCGGUUCAUUAACCGUUUUGUUGACAAAGUGUGCAACGAGAGCGGCGUGACCAAUGAACACCUGAAGGCCCUUCACAUAAUGAUACCAGAUAUCGUUCAGAUGCACAUUGAGACAUUGGAAGCGGUUCACAGGGAGAGCAAACGACUGCCGCCCAUCCAAAAGCCCAAGCUUUUGAGACCAACGCUGCUCCCCGGUGAGGAGUUUGUGAUGGAUGGCAUGCGGGUGCACCUUAUAGCAGACGGCCGAGAGGAAGCCACGGGCGCAAUGGGCGGUCCGCCUCUGUUACCUGCCGAGGGAGCCAUCUACCUCACUACCUACCGCCUCAUCUUCAACGGCACGCCCACUGACCCUAACGUUGGAGAGCAAGUGGUCACCCGUUCCUUCCCUAUCGCUUCCCUCACGAAAGAGAAGCAGAUCUCCCUUAAACUUCCCAUGGAUCAGUUCUUCCAGGAGAUUCUCCUCCUGCGUUCCUGCACCUUUCAGCUGAUGAAGAUUGGCUUUGAUGAGGAGGUGGCAUCAGAUCUGGCGGAAGUGUUCAGGAAGCACAUGCAUAAGCUCAGAUACCCACAGCACGUCCAGGGCACAUUUGCCUUCACCAUGGGUCAGUCGGCAAAGCUGGUGGUGGAGCACAAGACCAAGGACAAGAACCAGUCGCUAAAAACGCUGUCUAAAAACCUGGUUAAAACUGCGAAGAGGACCAUUGGGCGUCAAUAUGUAACCCGAAAGAAGUAUUCUCCCCCGACCUGGGAAAACCGGAGCAGUUUACAGUCAGAGAUGGAUGAGGAUGAAAUCUCUGUGUCUGAAGAACCGGAUCAGAGUUCGCUCACGCUCUCCUCCACCAUCCGCUCGUCAGACCGGCAGACCAUGAGUAAUGUGGUCGAGCGGGCCUGCUGUCGGGACUACCAGCGGCUGGGACUGGGAACGCUCAGCAACAGCCUGACACGCUCUAAAAAUGAACCCUUCCGGAUCUCCACUGCCAACCGGAUGUACACAGUCUGCCGAAGUUAUCCAGGGUUACUGAUUGUGCCUCAGAGCAUCCCCGAUGUCACUAUCCAGCGCAUCUGCCGCUGCUACCGGCAGAACCGCUUCCCUGUGGUGUGCUGGAGGAACUCGCGCACCAAAGCAGUGCUACUACGCUCGGCUGGCCUGCAUGCUAAAGGCGUCGUGGGAUUCUUCAAAUCACCCAAUGCACCCACUGCAGGCCCGUCCCAGGCCGACUCCACCAGUCUGGAGCAAGAGAAGUAUCUGCAGGCCAUCAUCAGCUCCAUGCCCUCAUACAGCGAAGCCAGUGGGAGGAACACACUCAGUGGCUUCACCUCCUCACAGAUGAGCAACUCAGACUCAUCAGACAAGCUGAGGCAGCCUAAAAUAGGAGCUUUAAUGAAACAAGUCAUGGGGACUAAAGAGGACGUGCCAGGAACCUUCAGUCGAGGAGCGCUGGGUCAGAAGGCAAGGGUCAUCUCCCUCUCUCAGCCUAGAGUUUCAGUCAAGGCCCGCAAGUCACCUAGAGGAAAGUGGGGCAGUAUUCGUGGUAGUGGGCGGCUCAGCACAUAUGACCCUGAUGUGGGGAACAGGCUGGCUGGGAAAGAAUCCCCUCAGGCUAAUGGAGGCCCAUCUGAAACCUAUUUCCUUCGCCAACAGAGAGCGUACCUCUACAUCAUUGGAGACAAGUCCCAGCUCAAGGGUGGAAAGCAGGACUCCUUCCAGCAGUGGGAGGUGGUACCCAUCGAGGUCUUUGAUGUACGGCAGGUCAAGAACAGUUUCAAGAAGCUGAUGAAAGCCUGUGUGCCUUCCAUAUCCAAUACUGAACCAAACAUGACCUUUCACCGCUGCCUGGAGGAGUCAGAGUGGAUGAAUCUGCUUCACAGGGUUCUACAGGUGUCCGUUCUUGUUGUGGAACUAUUGGACAAUGGUUCCUCCGUCAUGGUUAGUUUGGAAGAUGGCUGGGAUGUUACAACACAGGUUGUGUCCCUGGUGCAACUUCUGUCGGAUCCGUACUACCGAACGAUUGAUGGCUUCAGGCUGCUUGUGGAGAAAGAGUGGUUGUCAUUCGGUCAUCGAUUCAGCCACCGUGGAGCUCAGACGCUAGCCAGCCAGAGCAGUGGAUUCACACCUGUCUUCCUACAGUUCCUUGACUGUGUGCACCAGAUUCAUCUACAGUUCCCCAUGGAGUUUGAGUUCAGUCAGUACUAUCUGAAGUUCCUAGCCUACCACUACGUCUCCAACCGUUUCCGCACCUUCCUCCUGGACUCAGACUAUGAGCGCAUCGAGCUUGGUGUCUUGUAUGAGGAAAAAGGUGAGAGGAAGAACCCUCAGGUGUGCAAGUCUGUCUGGGAUUACAUUGACCGGCUCAACAAGAAGACCCCCAUAUUCUACAACUACAUGUUUUCACCUGAGGACGAGGAGGUCUUGAAGCCCUACAGCUUUAUCUCCAACUUGAAGGUUUGGGACUUUUACACAGAGGAAACGCUUUCUGAGGGUCCGUCCUUUGACUGGGAAUUAGUGCGGGGUCGGCCGGAGAAGCCACAGGAGGAAGCCGGCGAUAGACAGGAGACGACAGCCCCCAAGUCCCAGCGGAGGAUCGUCUGGCCGUGUUAUGACAGCCUCAGUAAAGUACUGCCUGAUGCCAUCACCAAACUCUUGCAGGAUGUGCAGAACCUGGAAACUGAGUUGGGACAACCUACGGAAAAAUGGAAGGACACAUGGGACAAGAUAAAGACAGCCCAACGGGUUGAAUCCAAACUAGAGAGCAGGCACUCCUUCUCCAGCUCUCUGCUCAUGUCGUCUAAUCUGAGUCACCAGCGGUGCUCUCAGGGUGUGUAUAUGCAGCAGAGCGGGGUCGGCUCCUCCAUCAACCUGGCACUGGACUGUGAGGUCAGCGCCACAUCCACACCUGCAGCUGGUCGACCCAGUACCAGCACACUCUACAGCCAGUUCCAGAGCACUGAGAGCGAGAACAGGAGCUUUGAGGGUGUUUUAUACAAAAGAGGCGCUUUGCUGAAACCUUGGAAACCACGUUGGUUUGUACUGGAUAAGACCAAACACCAGUUGCGAUACUAUGACGCGAGGCAAGAUAAAGAGUGUAAGGGAGUGAUCGAGCUAGCCGAAGUGGAAUCUGUCAUUCCGGGGACGCCCACCAUGGGAGCACCUAAAAACAUAGAUGAGAAAGCCUUCUUUGAUCUCAAGACGACCAAAAGAGUGUACAACUUCUGUGCCCAGGACAGCACGUAUGCGCAGUUAUGGAUGGACAGUAUUCAGAGUUGCCUAUCUGAUGCGUAGGGGGAGGGGCCUU